AUGGCCCUUGUUUCAGUCGUGUGUAGAACGCAGCAUAUAAGAAUAUUAUUAGUUACUCUGAAUGCUAUUAGAACGGCGGCAAAUCUCUCUUACAAAAUAUAUGGUGAACAGGAUGUAAACCCGGACGAUCCGCCAAUAUUUUUAUUUCACGGUCUCUUAGGCACGAAGAAGCACUGGGAGAGCUUUGGUAAAACGAUGAUGAAUAUGACGAAGCGAUUGGUGGUCGCCGUCGACUUGAGAAACCACGGAGACAGUCCCCACGUGAACUCGCAUAAAUACGAUGAUAUGUCGGCAGAUAUUCUCAAACUAUUUGAAAAGUUGUCUAUAGAUAGAGCGAAUGUGGUCGGGCAUGGUAUGGGCGGUAGAGCUUCUAUGCACAUUUCUUUGAUAGCGCCACAAAAGAUUGCGGGGCUCUUAGUAGUCGACAUAUCACCGGUGUCCACAUGUGCAGACCUAAGAGAGAAGUUUCCAAAAAUAAUGACAACUAUGAAAGAAUUUAGUUUCAAAGAACAGAAAAAAGUUAAGCACGGUCAACGUGAGGUCAAGAAGAAACUAAAGCCUCUAAUAACUGAUGAAAUAUUGAUGAAAGCUAUUCUCUCUAAUGUCACCAAGAAGUCCACUGGUAGUAUAGGCUGGUCGUGUAACCUUGAUGUUUUGAUAAAGGAAUUUAAACACAUUAUUACAUUUCCGCGUCUAAAAAAGCAGUAUCUGGGCCCGACGCUGUUUAUCGGUGGACAGUUAUCUGAAUAUUUACCAUUUGCUGUUGACCUGGUAUAUAAAGUUCACGGCAAAGAGAACUAUAGCAUCGCACCGGUAAUCGCCAUACAUGGUUUGUUGGGAAUGAAAAAGAACUGGGAGAGCGUAUCGAAAAAAAUUAACGAAAACACGAGUAAAACCGUUCUUACGGUUGACGUACGAAAUCACGGCGAGAGCCCGCAUACCGAAUCGCAUACAUACCCAGAAUUAGCAUCGGAUAUUCUGCAACUUAUGACGAAACUGUCUAUAAAGACGUCUCACGUCGUUGGCCACAGCAUGGGCGGCAGAACCGGUAUGGUUUUGGCCUUGACCGAGGUCCAGUAUCAAUUUAAAUCCGUGAACUUUUACUCUAGAUCCUUGCAGUAUUCUGAUUUUCAACCAUCAAAAGUUGAAAGCUUAGUAGUUGUCGAUAUAUCACCUGUGUCCACUGCUGGAAUAUUGAAUGAUUUCUUUCCUAAGCUAAUACAAGCUAUGAGAGCAAUAAAUUUUACCGGUGUUGACAACAUCAACAAGGCCAGAACAAUAGCUAGAGAUCACUUGGCAUCAUCGGGUCUAGUCAAGCCAGAAUCGAGUGGAUUUAUUCUUAUGAACAUUGGGCCGAAACAAGAAGGAACAUUUGGUUGGAUGUGUAAUUUAGACGCACUCAUAAAACACUUCAACGAUAUUGCAACAUUUCCGAGUGACCUUAAGGGAAAACAGUAUCCCGGUAAUACGCUAUUUAUAGGUGGCGAUCAGUCAAAUUACUUACCUGAUGAUACAAUAGUCAUCGCGCAGAUAAGACAACUAAAUUGUCAUUUCAGCCCGGAAGAUUUAUAUGGAAUUAGAAACUAUUUUCCGAAAGCGGAGCUGGAAUAUGUCAAAGGUGCCGGACACAAUGUUCACGCUGAAGAUCCCAUCAGUUUCCUGAGAAUAGUCUCACAAUUUCUCAAAUAG